GACUGCAGUUUCGAAUAUUCUCAGACCUAGUUCAUUACAUAUUUUAGCAUCGACAAAAUAAAUAGCUAAAAUCUGAACUAUGUCGAAGCCAACAAGCAUCAAGGACGCACUGUCCCGCUGGGAGGAGAAGAACAAACAGGAGGCCAUUAGCGCCACUGAAAUUGGACUGCAAUUCCAGUAUCCGCCGAUAGAGAAAAUGGAUCCAACUCUGAGCACUCUGGUGGCGUGCAACCGUCUCAGUCUGUCCUCGAACAUGAUCGAGAAGAUCAGCGGGAUAUCGGGCAUGAAGAAUCUGAAGGUGCUGAGCUUAGCCCGCAACAAUCUGAAGAAUAUCAGCGGCAUCGAGUCGCUGGGCGAAACCCUGGAGGAGCUUUGGGUCAGCUACAACAUUAUUGAGAAGAUCAAGCCGCUGGAGUCGAUGAAGGCGCUCCAGGUGUUCUAUAUUUCAAACAAUCUAAUCAAGGACUGGGUCGAGUUCAUGCGCAUUGCCGUCCCCCCGAAUCUCAGCGAGAUCACAUUCACUGGCAAUACGCUCAGUGAUAACAUGGAUCCGGCAGCCUUUAUAGCCGAGGCUGUCCGUCGCUUGCCCAAUCUGAAGAAACUAGACGGCGAACCAGUCAUACGCUAAAUACCAGACACAGAAACAAAUACAAAAAAACAUACAUAAAACAGAACACAGAACACAGAGCACGGUAUCCCAAAAAUUAAGCAAUGCAAUCGAAAAUAAAAGAGAGCCCAACGUCU